AAAGUGUCGUUUGCCUUAACGAUGAUUAAGGCUAACGAGUCGUUAAAUCUUAACUAAGUCGUUAGCUAACAUAUGCGUUAAAAUGUGUUGUUCAAAUUUUUUUAACGACAAUGUUAACUAACACUGCGUUAAGAGUCGUUAAAUUUUUUGUCGUUAAAAUGUUACCCAUAAUGCACAGAAAAUCUUCACUUCCUGUUACCAAGAUGGCUGAAUUGUCUGCCAAAAAAUUGCCUAGGGACAGAAAAGCUAAUUUCACAUCAAUUGAGGCCAACCUUAUAAGUUCCAGAGUUACUCAUGAGUUAGAGUUAUUGAAAGGGGGAUUUUCCCCAGAAAUUACUAACCAGAAGAAGAAUGAGCUUUGGAAACUCAUUACAGAGGAAGUCAAUGCGUUGGGUGUUUGUAUGAGGAGUGAGACAGAAGUCAGGAACAAAUACCGCAAUAUGUGUCGGGGUGCGAAAGAAAAGUUCACAAACAACAGAAAGGAAAUGGGCAAAACUGGAGGUGGACCACCACCCACACAGCUAACUGUUGCCGAAGAAAAUAUAGUAAAUGCUAUGAGGGAUAGUGCCUCAUUCAUUGGAGUUGGUGGCUUGGAGACAGAAAUAACUUGCAAUGAAGCAAUUUCCACCACAAAUGGAAGCCAGUCUCAAUGCACUGCCACAGCUACCCCCAGACCUACAGGAGAAGAAUCUGUCUGGAUGAGAGCCUUAGACAGACAUCAUGCAAACUUGCAGAACAAUGAGCAGACCUGCCCUGUAGCCGAUGAUGCUGAAGGGACUGAUAGAAAUGCCACAUCUCCAGGACCAAGUAUUUCAGCAUCUUCCCAGGCAAAAAGAUCUUCAAGUUCAUGCAGCAUACAGCAGACACCCAGCAAGAAGAAAAAGACAGCUGAAGAUGUGUAUACAUUACAAUGUGCAGUUCUUGAAAAGGAACUAGAGAAGAAUACACUACAAGUAGAUCUGUUGAGGAAAUUGCUUAGCAAAUAUGACAGUUUAGAUUCUGAUGCCUUGGAACUAUUGUCAGUUUUAGGGCAGUGAUUGUUAAAACAUUUAGAAAACUUUUUAAGUUGUUAGAUAUUUAAAUGUUUGAAUCUAUUUACUGAAA